AUGAGUCAGAAUAUACCAAAUGACGAAGGCUCUAAUAUGCCUAUUGAGGAUGAUGAGUUAGAGGAUGAAUUUAAUGAUAAUGUGGAAGAGCAGCCACAACAAUCCGAAUCGAAUAAAAAUAAUGCUUCCUCAGAAAUACAUAAUUCACUUCCAACUGCAGGACCUACUAUACCAGACUUACCAGAACUUUCGAGAAAGGACAAAAGCUUGAAAGAAGUGCUUGAUUUAAUGGAUGGCGAAUUUGCUCCAAUUAUACCCGAUGCAGUCACCGACUACUACUUAGCAAAAAAUGGAUUUGAAACAUCAGACGUAAAAAUAAAGAGAUUAUUAGCGUUGGCUACUCAAAAAUUCAUCCUGGAUGUGGCUCAAGAUGCAUACGAAUAUUCACGUAUUAGAAAUUCAUCGUCAGUUUACAAUUCUGCUAACCCACAAGUAAGGGCGAAGCAAUUAAUACAGGGUCAGCAAUACGCCAAUCAACAACUGAUCACGGGUGCUGUUGGUGGAUCUGGUUCUGGUGUAGAGGGCCUGGGUGAUCAGCAGCAGCCACUGCAACACUCGGGUAGUAAUGCAGGUAAUCAACAAGGAAAAAUAGUAUUAACUAUGGAGGAUUUAAGCAGUGCAUUGAAUGAAUAUGGAUUAAACACAUCUAGGCCAGAUUUCUACCGUUAG